AUGACGACUCUGCAUGUGCGAAAGAGUUGCAGCCUUCCCAAUGAGAGUAUAAGUGGUUAUAUGAGCCAUCCAGGGGAUAUUAUAAUAGGGGGUACAUUUAGAGUUCAUUGGGACAGAGUCUACAAUGACUUUAAUUUCACAAGGAAACCCCCUGAAUUUGAGUGUCAGAGGUUUGCUACUGAACACUACCAGACCAUGCAUGCCAUACCAUUCGCUGUGAAGGAGAUUAAUGAAGACCCCGAAUUGCUGCCAAACAUAACUUUGGGCUUCCAGGUUUUUGACACUUGCAAUUCUUUGCGGAGAACAGCAGAAGGAACUCUUAUGAUGGUGUCAGGAGGACAGGACAUCAUGCCAAAUUAUAAUUGUUUCUCAAAGACUCCUCUUGCUGGUAUUGUUGGUGAUGCCGGAUCAUCAAGGUCUAUAUUCAUGGGUCACAUUUUAGGACUGUACCGAUAUCCACAGAUCAGUUAUUUUUCAACCAACCCUAUUCUUAGUGAGCGGGACCUGUUCCCUUCCUUUUUUCGUACCAUACCAAGUGAUGAGUUUCAAAUGAGAGGUCUUGCCCAGUUGGUUUUCCAUUUUGGCUGGACUUGGGUUGGUUUCCUGGCCAGUGAUAAUGAGUAUGGUCAGUCUGGACUGCAAAUUGUAAAGCAGGAAAUAAUUAAAGUUGGCAUUUGUGUGGCCUUUGCAGAGAAUAUCUUGACUGGUCUGCCAAACAGGAAUGCUCCCUACCUUGCAAAAAUCAUCAAAAAUUCAACUGCAAAGGUUAUAGUUGUAAUAUCUUCUGAUCCUGACUUUGUGAUUGUGGUGGAGGAGAUGUUGAGGCAGAAUAUCACUGGAAACAUAUGGGUGGUCAGUGAAUCUUUGGCAACAUCAAAUUUACUCUCUCAAGGACUAUUCCAACUGAUUUUAUUAGGAACCAUUGGAUUUGCCAUUCAAAGUGGACAGAUGCCAAUGUUCAAUCAAUAUCUCAGAAAUCUCAGCCCAUCAGAAUAUCUGUAUGAUUCAUUUAUAAGGGAAUUUUGGGAAGAAGUUUUCUCAUGUAAGUGGAUAACACAAGACAAGUCAGUUGUAACAGGCAAUGCUACAGCCAAUGUAUGUACAGGCCACGAAAAAAUGGACACUAUCUUAACUGAAGAGGAACACAGAUUACCCCUCAAUGUGUACACUGCUGUGUAUGCAAUAGCAUGGGGUCUACAAAAUUUGCUUUAUUGUACACCUGGAACUGGAUUAUUCCAUAAUGACAAUUGUGUCAACAUUUCUUCUUUUCGACCUUGGCAACUCCUCAAAUACGUUAAAAAUGUCAACUUUAAGACCAAAGGUGGGAGGCAAGUGUUUUUUAAUGCAAAUGGGGACAUUCCACCUGUCUAUGACAUUGUAAACUGGCGACUGGGUGCCAAGGGAACACUGAAACAGGUUAAAAUUGGGAGAUAUGAUAUCAGAUCCCCUGAAACUUUCAAAGUUGACAAUACUGCUAUUAUGUGGACAAAUGGUGAGAACCAGGUUCCUCUUUCUAAUUGCAGUCCAAGCUGUCCUAUGGGGUUUAGAAAAGUGAUAUUACCAGAAAAACCCCUUUGCUGCUACAACUGUGCCCGGUGUCCCCAGGGACAGAUUUCAAACCAAACAGAUGCUGUAGAAUGUCAUCCAUGUUCCUGGGACACAUGGCCUAAUCUACAGCAGGACAGAUGCUUACCAAGAACUACAGAAUUCCUUUCCUAUGAAGAACCUUUGGGCUACAGUUUGGCAGCCACUGCCCUUUUCUCUUCUGUCGUCCCACUUGUUAUAUUAGGUGUUUUUAUCAAUUAUAAAAAAACACCAAUUGUUCAAGCCAACAACUGUCCAGUUAGUUGUCUUCUCCUGCUCUCCCUGUUCCUCUGUUUCCUUUGCUCUUUAGGGUUCAUUGGUUACCCACAACCUACACAGUGUCUUCUACGCCAGGUGGCAUUUGGGAUGGUUUUUGCUCUCUGCAUCUCCUGUGUUCUGGCCAAAACCAUCACUGUUGUCAUUGCCUUUAAUGCAACCAAACCAGGAAGCAGGUUAAAAAUGUGGAUAGGGUUAAAAGUAUCGUACAGCAUCAUUUUGUUGUGUGUCUUUAUCCAGUUGUUUCUAUGUAUGAUGUGGCUAAUUUUCUCUCCUCCCUUCCAUGAACUUGACACUGAAAACCAACUUGGAAUCAUCACUGUUGCUUGCAAUGAAGGGUCACCCACUGCUUUCUGGUGCAUGCUGGGAUAUCUUGGCCUUUUGGCUUCCAUCAGUUUCAUUGUUGCCUUCUUGGCCAGACAUCUCCCUGACAGAUUCAAUGAAGCCAAAUUUAUCACAUUCAGUAUGUUGGCUUUCCUCAGUGUCUGGGUGUCCUUUAUCCCAGCCUAUCUCAGUGCACGGGGCAUGUAUACUGUGGCAAUGGAGGUCUUUGCCAUUCUGUCUUCCAGUUGGGCAAUGGUGAUCUGUAUCUUUGUGCCAAAAUGUUUCAUUAUAUUGUUCAGAUCCAGUCUGAAUUCUAAAGAACCUCUUACGAUUAAAAGCAAAGGUCAAAAAUAA